AUGGCUACUACAAGAACCCUAUAUGGCUCUUCUCGUUUUGCUUCUUCAUCAUCUUUGAUACAACCUUGCUGGAGCUAUGACGUGUUCUUGAGUUUUAGAGGUGAAGAUACCCGCAAAAACUUUACUAAUCACCUCUACGCGGCUUUGGUUCAUGUUGGAAUUCACAUCUUCAUGGAUGAUGAUGAACUCCCAAGAGGACAUGACAUUUCUUCGGUCCUGCUAAAAUCAAUCGAAGAAUCGAGGAUCUCCAUCAUUGUUUUCUCAACAAACUAUGCUUCUUCCAUAUGGUGCCUUGAUGAGCUCGUGAAGAUCAUUAUUUAUCUCCUUAUACACAGUUCUCAUUUCUCUUUCAACCAUUUUAACAGCAAGAAAACACUUGGACAAUUAAUUCUCCCACUAUUCUACUAUGCCGAUCCAUCUGAUGUACGACACCAAAUUGGGUGUUUUGGAGAAGCAUUUCGAAGACAUGAAAAGCGUUACGUGGAUGAGAUGGUGAAGGUGGAGGUGAGGAAAGUUGCCCUCUCUGAAUCUACUAAUUUAUCAAGCUGGGAUUUGCAAAAUGUUGCUAAUGAAUCAGAUGAUGUUCGCAUGAUUGCGAUAUACGGCUUGGGUGGAAUAGGAAAAACAACCGUUGCAAAAGUUGUGUAUAACCAUAUUUUCCUCCAAUCUAAAGGAAGGACAAAGAAUCUAAAGAUUGGCAGUGUUGACAGAGGACUUAAUUUGAUGAAAGAAAGGCUCCAUUCUAAAAAGGUUCUCAUUGUUCUUGAUGAUGUGGAUCAAUCAAGUCAAUUAAAUACCUUGGCAAGAAAUCGUGAUUGGUUUGGUCCAGGAAGUAGAAUCAUCAAAACAACUAGAGAUGAGCACUUGUUGAAGGGAUUGAAAGUUGAUGAAAGAUAUAUGCCUAAGGAAUUAAAUCACACAGAGUCUCUGCAGUUUUUCAGUUGGCAUGCUUUCAGAGAAACAAAUCCAUUAGAAAAUUUUGCAGAGCUUGCAAAUGAUAUAGCAAGUUAUGCUAGAGGGCUUCCACUAGCUCUUGAAAUUUUGGGUUCUUAUUUGUUUAGAAGAAACAUCCUAGAAUGGAAAAGUGCACUUGAUGAAUUACAACAAAUUCCUCAUCAUCAAAUUCAAAAAAAACUUAGGAUAAGUUUUGACUUGCUAGAUAAUGACAGAAUGAAGGAUAUCUUCCUUGAUAUUGCAUGCUUUUUCAUUGGAUCGAACAAAGACUAUGUCAUUACUAUAUUGAACAGUUGUGGUUUCUUUGCUCAAAAUGGAAUUAGUGUUUUGGUUAGUAGAUGUUUACUAAGAAUUAGUGAAAGAAAUGAGUUGUUGAUGCAUGAUCUACUUGGGGAUAUGGGGAAGGAAAUUAUUCGUGAAAAAUAUUCGAAGGAGCCUGAAAAGCGCAGUAGAUUGUGGUAUUUUCUGGGUAGUAUCUGCAAGUUAAAGUCUAUUAAACAUCUAAAUCUCACUGGUUGUGCAAAACUAGAGGAGUUUCUAGAGCACUUGGGACAUAUGGAAAGCUUAACAGAGCUUCUUGCAGAUAGAACAACCAUUAAACAACUACCUUUCUCUAUUGGAUUACUGAAGAAUCUUAGGAGGUUAUCGUUGAAGGGAUGUUUGUGUUCAUUAACAGAGCUAGAUCUUAGUGAUCAUAAUCUGUUUGAAGGAGAUUUUCCAGCUGAUCUUAGGAGUUUAUCCUCAUUACGAGUGUUGGAUUUAAGCGGAAACAAUUUUUGUAACCUACCAUAUGGCUUCAGUCAUCUAUCCAAGCCAGAAGACCUUAAGUUGAAUAACUGCAGAAGUCUUCAAUCUAUCUUAGAUCUUCCUUCGAACUUAUUGGAAGUACAGGCUUAUGGUUGUGCAUUACUUGAAAAAAUAUCCGAUCUAUCAAAAUUGAAGACUCUAUUAAUGUGA